AUGUUAAAGAAUAUAGAAGGAUAUGCAUCAACUAUAAAAUCAUUAUCAAAACACGAUGAUGAUUCAAUUGACAGGUUAGUUUAUAUAAAUAUAUUUAUCUAAACUGAUUUUUAUUUUUCUUCAGAUUAAAUUAUGUGACAACAACAUCAAUAAUAAUUGCAUUGGCAACAUUAUUAUUUGCAAAAAGUUAUGUUGGAGAACCAAUGCAAUGUUGGGUUCCAACACAAUUUAAAAAUGGUUGGGAAUCUUUUACGGAACAAUACUGUUUCAUUGAAAACACAUAUUUCGUUCCGAUGAAUGAAACAAAUCUUCCGGCUGCAAAUACGCGAGAAGAUCGAGAAAUGAUAUAUUAUCAAUGGGUUCCCUUCAUUCUUAUUAUUAUGGCUUUAUGUUUUUGUAUUCCUCGUGCUUUUUGGAUUAUUUUCCCAUCUUAUAGUGGAUUGACUAUUGCUGAUAUUAUUAAAGCAGCAAGAACAUCUGGAAAGAAAUUGGAAGAAGCACAAGAUGCUAUUGGUAUGUGAAUAAUGCAUUUGUGUUUUCUAAAGGCAGCUACAGUAAUUUCGUGUUUUUCACGUUUUUGUGUACAGUAGGAUUUGAUCUUUCAUUUUCUUUUAACAUUGUAUCUCUAUAUUUUGAUUAGAUCAAUUUAAGUCAAAGGAUUCGUGGGUGGCCUCGGUGAACAGCCAUAGCUGUUUUGACCAAAUUGAAAUUCGAUUAAAUAUUUUCAGAUAUUUAUGCGAAACAAGUGAACAUUCGGACUGACGAACCACAAACAAGAACUUCAGGUUCUCACAUUUUCAAUUACUAUAUUGCGAUGAAAGCAUUAAUUUUAUUGAAUGUGACUCUUCAAUUCUUCUUCCUCAAUCGUUUUUUAAAUACUUCUUAUACACUUUGGGGUUGGGGAAUAUUCUGGGACAUGAUUCAUGGAAGACAUUGGCAAGAAAGUGGACAUUUUCCAAGAGUAAGUUUUCCUAACCUUUUUUUUCUUUUAAUACUUUUUUUCAAGGUAUCUUUCUGUGAUAUAAAUGUUCGUGAACUGGGAAAUAUCAAUCAUUGGACAGUUCAAUGUGUUUUGAUGGUAAAUAUGUUCAAUGAAAAGAUCUUCAUUUUCCUAUGGUUCUGGUUCGCAUUUUUGUUGAUUGUUACAUCGGGUAAUUUCAUUAUGUGGACAUGGAGAAGAUUUGUUUCUGGAAGUCAACUUCAAUUUGUUUCUGAUUUAUUGGUAAUUUUUUGAAAUUUGUUGUUAAAUGAAAAACAAUUUGUUGUUACAGUAUCAUGGAAAUAUUGAAAGUACUCCAGAACAAGAAAAAUCGUUGAUCAAAAAUGUUCUGAAACAUGAUGGAGUUUUAACUCUUCGACUUCUUGAUGCAAACAGCGGUCGACUUCAUUCAGAAAUGUUGAUGGAAAAAAUUUGGAAACUUUCGAUUGGAGGUGAUUUUUAUUUUAUAGUUCUUUUAUGGAUUUCGAAAAAUUUCCUCUUCCAGAUUCUACAACUUCAACACCAUCUUCACAAACUCAAUAGUGAGUUGACUUUCUCUUAAAAUUACAGUAAUCCGGGGGAGGAAAUUUUUCUGCUUAUGCGUAUCUUCUUUUUGUUUUUUCCAAAGUGGAAUAUAUUAUUUUUUGAAGAUUCGUUGAUUGAUUCAUUUGAAGACAUCUCAAGUUUUGAAGAAGAUUACCAUCCAAGUAAGAAAAGUUCCUCCUCUUCAAAUUUUUUUGAUUAAAGGGUUGGUGCUUUCCUGGUGAAAAAAUCGUCUGCAAAAAGGCGUCACAGUGUUGUUUUCAAAGUUGUGUGCAAACAGACACACGAAAAUUCAAAAACAAGUUGUGCGGUAGAGCGCAUUUACAUGCUUUGUUUCGUAGGUUUUAACUCGCUUGUGUUUUUGAGGAAAAACACGGGCUGAAUUGAUACUAGAAUUUUUCUAAAACUGGAACCUUCCAGGAGCACCUUAUUCCUAUCUAAACCAAACAAGAUUCCCUGGCGGAGCACCAACCCUUUAAAAAAAUAAAAAUCAAUUUUUCCAGGUAGUAUAUUGUAUUUUACUGAAGACGAAUCGAGUUUAUGAAUUGUUCUUUUUCUUUAUGCGAACGAAUGAUAAUAAAAGUUUUUCUGAAUUUAGUUUUGAUUUUAUGAAUGGAUAA